CCCCACCUCGUCGCUCCAAGAAACCUUUUUCUUAACGCCCCCGAGUGAGGGUUCCCCCUGCCCAUCGUGUAUUCAGUCUUUCCACUUGGGGAACUACUGGCAUUUUCUUUUGAAAGGAAUUCGAGCAAGAUACCUUUUUUUUUCUUCUUCUUCUUCUAUUGGACAUUGACUCGAUUGUUUGCAAAAGUUUCACAUUAAAACAAACAAACAAACAAACUACCUGAUCUGUACUUUGAGAGUGGUUGGUUUCUUCUUUUUUUUUUUUUUCCUUUUUUUGGUACUGUUUUUUUUUUUCCUUUUUUUUUUAAAACUUUUUCCAUCUUAAAAAAAAAAUGCACUACUGUGUGCUGAGCGCCUUUCUGCUCCUGCAUCUGGCCGCGGCCGCGCUCUGCCUGUCUACCUGCAGCACGCUCGACAUGGACCAGUUCAUGCGCAAAAGGAUCGAGGCGAUCCGCGGGCAGAUCCUGAGCAAGCUGAAGCUCACCAGCCCCCCAGAAGACUACCCCGAGCCCGAGGACGUGCCCCCGGAGGUGAUUUCCAUCUACAACAGCACCAGGGACUUGCUCAAGGAGAAGGCCAGCCGGAGGGCGGCCGCCUGCGAACGCGAGCGGAGCGACGAGGAGUAUUACGCCAAGGAGGUGUACAAGAUAGACAUGCCGCCCUUCUUCCCCUCGGAAACUGUCUGCCCAGUUACAACACCCUCUGGCUCAGUGGGCAGCUUGUGUUCCAGACAGUCCCAGGUGCUCUGUGGGUACCUUGAUGCCAUCCCGCCCACUUUCUACAGACCCUACUUCAGAAUUGUCCGAUUUGACGUCUCGGCGAUGGAGAAGAAUGCUUCCAAUUUGGUGAAGGCAGAGUUCAGGGUCUUUCGUUUACAGAACCCCAAAGCCAGAGUGCCUGAGCAACGGAUCGAGCUGUAUCAGAUUCUCAAAUCCAAAGACUUAACGUCUCCAACCCAGCGCUACAUCGACAGCAAGGUUGUGAAGACAAGAGCGGAAGGGGAGUGGCUUUCCUUCGACGUGACCGAUGCUGUGCAUGAAUGGCUGCACCAUAAAGACAGGAACCUGGGAUUUAAAAUAAGCUUACACUGCCCCUGCUGCACAUUUGUACCGUCUAAUAAUUACAUCAUCCCCAACAAAAGUGAAGAACUAGAAGCAAGGUUUGCAGGUAUUGAUGGCACCUCCACAUAUACCAGUGGUGAUCAGAAAACUAUAAAGUCCACUAGGAAAAAAGCCAGUGGGAAGACCCCACACCUCCUGCUAAUGUUGUUGCCCUCCUACAGACUUGAGUUACAGCAGUCCAGCCGGCGGAGGAAACGUGCUUUGGACGCAGCCUAUUGCUUUAGAAACGUGCAGGAUAAUUGCUGCCUACGUCCACUGUACAUUGAUUUCAAGAGGGACCUUGGGUGGAAAUGGAUACAUGAACCCAAAGGGUACAAUGCCAACUUCUGUGCUGGGGCAUGCCCGUACCUGUGGAGUUCAGACACUCAGCACAGUAGGGUUCUCAGCUUAUAUAACACCAUAAAUCCAGAAGCAUCCGCGUCCCCUUGCUGCGUGUCCCAGGAUUUAGAACCGCUAACCAUCCUUUACUACAUCGGCAAAACACCCAAGAUUGAACAGCUUUCUAAUAUGAUUGUAAAGUCCUGCAAAUGCAGCUAAGAUCCUUGGAAAAGUGGCGAGAAGAUAAUCGAUCAUGAUGAUGAUGAUGAUGAUGAUGAUGAUCAUACCACACCAAAAAUGACAACAUUUGUAACACGAAACAUAAGAGAGCCUUGCUUCCAUCAGUGUUAAAAAAAAAAAAUUUUUUUUUUUGAAAAAGCGGUACUAGUUCAAACACUUGGGAAGUUUGUGUUCUGUUUGUUAAAACUGGCAUCUGAAAAAAAAACAAAAAACGUGGAAGGCUUUAUUCUACAUUUCGCCUACUCUGUAAGUGAGAGAGACAAGAAGCAAAACCGUUUUUUUUUUUUUUAAGAAAAAAAUAAACACUGGAAGAAUUUGUUAGUGUUAAUUAUGUGAAAGAAAAAAGAAAAAAAAAAACAACAGGAAAAUCCCCUUAAGUGGAGUUGCUGUACAUACGUUCCUAUGCCUUGCCUCACUUGAUUUUUCUGUAUUGCUAUGCAAUAGGCACCCUUCCCAUUCUUACUCUUAGAGUUAACCACGAGUUAUUUAUUGUGUGUUACUAUAUAAUGAACAUUUCAUUGCCCUUGGAAAAUAAAACAGGUGUAUAAAGUGGAGACCAAAAUUCUUUGCCAGAAACUCAUGGAUGGUUUAAGGAACUUGAAUUCAAACGAGCCAGAAAAAAAAAAAAGAGGUCAUAUUAAUGGGAUGAAAACCCAAGUGAGUGAUUAUAUGACCAAGCAAGUCUGCGUUAAGAUAAAGACCCUGAAAACACAUGUUAUGUACCAACUGCCUAAGGAAACUUCUUGUUAAGUUUCAAAACUGAAAAGCCUGUUAAUAAAGGAAACUUUCAGUCAGAAUAAGUCUGUAAGAUUUUUUUUUUCUUUUUCUUUUUCAUUGUAAAUGGUUCUUUGUCCGUGUAGUCAACCAGUGAAAUGUGGCAAUGUUUUGAUAUGUACUGGUCAAACUUCAGACCUUAAAAUAUUGCGGUAUAGUUAUGCUAUAGGUUUUUCCUUAGUUUCGGUAUAUGUAACCAUGCCUAUAUUAUUAUAAUACAUGGGUAUAGAAGCCAGUAUAAUUGGAAACACAUCUGCAGGUCUUUUUUCUUCUUUUUUUUUUUUUUUGCAAACUAUUAAAUCAAAACAUUAACUACUUUAUGUGUAAUGUGUAAAUUUUUACCAUAUUUUUUAAUGUUCUGUAAUAAUGUCAACUAUGAUUUAGAUUGGACUUAAAUUUGGGCUCUUUUUAAUGAUCACGAGGAAUUGUGUGUUUCCUUUAGCUGGCCAGUGCUUUUGAGUAAAGCCCCUAGAGUUUGACUUGCACUAAAAAUAUAUGUUUUAUAGUAUUUGUUCCACCUGUGCUUCAUGAAUUGUCCCUUAUUAUGACAUAAGCUACCUGAGCCCACGUGUCCUCUUUUUUUUUCUUUUACCAAAAGGAUAGAUUUGACUUCAGUUGUCUUAGUUCAUCUUCUGAGCAUCAUUACUAAUCAGUUCAGACAUGAAAAAGCUUCUAUUUUAGGAAAAUUGGGGAAUAUUAUAGACCGAGUUAAUUGAGGUGAAAUGUGUUCGUUUUAGUAAGGGCUUAAAGACUUGAUUGAAACUCGGAAUGUUAGUGACUUGAGUUAAGAAAGCCUUCCUCUAACUUGGUUUCAUCAGUAUUUUUACAGGAUACUAUUGUUAUU